AUGUUUUCCACAGCGCCCCCAGAAUCCUCGACCUCCCCCUGGAUCGUCCUCGCCCUGGCCAGCGGCGCCUUCGCCGCGUUGAACGGACUCUUUGCGAAACUUGAAGCCCUUAUAUCCACGAGCAAAUCAAUUGACCACCGCAGUACAACGGACAAUCACACCACAGCCUUCGCGCAAUCCCUCGCCCAUAUCUUCGGCCUCGCCUCCUCCCCAUUCCUAGAACUCCUCGUCCGCGGCAAUGGCAAGGAUUCACAUACUCACGAUUGGCGCAAACAGGCAUGUCUCGGUCUCAACGUCCUCUGCAACAUUAUCAUGUGGGCACUCUUCACCCGCGCCCUCACAGCCGGUCCAUCGACAACAAAGGUCUCCAUCACAAACACUGCCUCUAACUUUUUGAUGACGGCUUUCUUGGGUAUGAUUGUUUUUCAAGAGGCGGUGGGUGGAUUGUGGUGGCUGGGUGCGGCGAUGAUGGGUGCUGGGUGUAUCUUGGUUGGGAUGCGUGAGGGGGCGUAG